AUGGAGGGUCUGUUAUUCAACGUCAACGGGGGCUAUCUGGAAGGCAUAGUGCGCGGUUAUCGAAAUUCGCUGUUGACCGGCACCAACUACAGCAACCUCACACAAUGCGAGACGAUUGACGACGUCAAAGUACAACUGGGCCCUGCCUAUGGCGAGUCACUGUCAACCCUACCACCGAAUCCGUCAACUUCAGCUCUUGCGUACCGAACCACCGAGAAGCUCGUGGUAGACUUCAGGUAUCUUCAGGGCCAGGCAACAGGAUCACUGGCCAAAUUUAUGGAAUACCUCACCUACUCAUACAUGAUUGACAAUGUCGCCCUCCUGAUCACAGGCACGUUGCAUGAGCGAGACACCAAAGAACUCCUAGAGAGAUGUCAUCCUCUGGGCUGGUUUGAGACCAUGCCCGUCCUUUGCGUGGCCACCAACAUUGAAGAGCUGUACAACUCGGUGCUUAUCGAAACUCCAUUGGCUCCUUAUUUCAAGGGCAGCUUGAGCCAUCAGGAUCUGGAUGAACUCAACAUCGAGAUCGUGCGGAAUACCCUCUACAAGAACUACUUAGAAGACUUCUACAACUUUGUCAAUAACGACCCCGAGAUGGCCCUUACUCCGACCGGAGAAAUCAUGUCAGAGAUCCUUGCAUUCGAAGCAGAUCGGCGGGCAAUAAACAUCACCAUCAACUCUUUUGGUACUGAGCUCACGAAGGAGCAACGUAGAAAACUGUACCCGGAGUUCGGAAAAUUGUACCCCGAGGGUUCGUUGAUGCUGUCGAGGGCAGAUGAUAUGGAAGGAGUCGGGCUCGCAGUUAGCGGUGUGGGCGACUAUAAACGGUUCUUUGACGAGGUGGGCUUCAAUCAAAGUAGUGGUGUUGGUGGCGGCAACAUGGCGGGAGGACUGGGGAAUGAGUCCAAAUCUUUGGAAGACUUGUUCUACCAAAAAGAAAUGGAACUCUCCAAGAUGGUCUUCACUCGGCAAUUUACCCACGCGGUGAUUUAUGCGUGGGUGAAGUUAAGGGAACAGGCGAGUCUUCACUUUUCCGCCAAGUUUUACGAGCUAACUAACGCUCUGCAGGAAAUCCGAAACAUCACCUGGAUUGCCGAAUGCAUUGCCCAGAACCAGAAGGACAGAAUUGGGAACUACAUCAGCGUAUUUUAA